AUGAACCUCGUCUCUCGUGAUGACAAUGUUCUCGGUGUUAAUCGAGGAGCGCAAGUGACGGGUGUUGCCUGUGCCGCUCUAGCCCUACCGUGGAUCGCCGGUAUACUUCGAUUUUAUGUCAGGAUUAGAAUUCAAAAAUUCUUUGGACCUGAAGAUUGGUUGACUGUUGCUUCUAUAACUAUACACACUGCUUUGUGUGGACUUCUAUUACGGUCACUUGCAUUUGGACUCGGUGCUCAUAUAUACAAUAUCAAUUCAGAUUACCUCGAUGAGCUUGCUAAGUACAUAUUUGCGAGUGAACUUCUCUAUGUCAUCACCAUGGCUAUUACAAAAGUUUCCAUCGGGGUCUAUUUUUUACGACUCGCCAACAAACGAUAUCAAUUUUGGAUCAUCUACAGUGUCAUGGCUGUUGCAGUUCUGGUCAGCAUGGCGUACUUUAUCUUCGUAUUGUUGCAAUGUCAACCGAUAUCUUAUUUCUGGAAAAUGUUCGAUGACGGCAGCGGAUAUUGCUUGAGCACAUCAACUCGAGCUAACGUUACCUAUGCACAUGCCGCCAUGAGUGCUUUAACGGACUGGGCUUAUGGUAUCCUACCAAUUACAUUUGUCUGGAAGAUGAAGAUGAAUCCGCGCACUAAGCUAUCAGUUGUUCUUAUUCUAUCUCUCGGUUUCUUUGCAAGCACAGCAACAAUAGUCCGCAUAUACUACAUUAAUCAACUCAACCAAACCACUGACUACACUUGGGAGGGAAUCAAUCUAGUUAAAUGGUCCAUCAUUGAACCCGCUAUCGCCUUAACUGCCGCAUCUUUUGCUACGCUUCGACCUCUCUUCAGUGCCCGUCAAAAGAAAACAUUUAGUAUCUACUCUGAUAAGUCGGCCACGGCUGGCAAAACCUCCCAGGAUAGCCUUGUCGAUUCUGAUGACGAAUUUUCGAAACAAUUCGCUGCAAUGCUGGGUCUGGACGACACUUGUGGCGUUCGAACAUAUGUUUAUGCGGAUAAGAAAAUCGUGCGGAAGGAUGAUUUAGAAAGAGAACGAUUACAGGCGGCAUGGAAAGCAGAAGAGUCGGAUGAUUCAAUCGAAGUCAGUGUUCUGAGUGCAGGGUAUCAAACUGGAGAGAGCAGUCGCUCGAUCGGAGAAAGUAGUGAGACAGGAAGUAGGAGUGGAGAUAGGAUUGAUUGGGCGAGUGGAUAUAAGACGACCGUUAUCACUCAGAUGAGUGAAUGA